AAUUCAUUUAUCUGCAGGAAUGAUUGCGACUAUCAGUCUACUGCUCACCGCUUGACUGGGGAGGUGAAAGUUUCGCCACAGGAAGAGAAACCGCAAAAUACAAUAUUGUAGCCUCCGUGAUUCGCGUGUGGAUCGGAUGAGAGGUAGAACAGGAAACAUUCCUAUCUUGUUUUAGGUAAAUAGAACAUAUGUGGAUUGGAGUUUGCUCAGCUCAGUAAAGUCCGCUAUAUAUUUUUGUUGCAGAGCAGAGAGAGAGAGAGGUAUAGAGGUCAGAAGAAUAUCUGUGCAUGAUUUUUAAUUCCUGCUCUCAGUUGCCUCAUUGAGUUGUAGACUGACGGAAGAUGCUGCUGGACGCAGGACCCCAGUACCCCACCAUAGGAGUCACUACGUUUGGCUCCUCAAGGCAUCACUCAACAGGCGAAGUAACAGAACGAGAAGUGGCUUUGGGGAUAAAUCCAUUCGCAGACGGUAUGGGCGCUUUUAAAAUCAACCACAGCUCCCACGACCUUAGCUCCGGCCAGACGGCGUUCUCCUCCCAGGCUCCCGGCUAUGCUGCUGCCGCUCUGGGUCACCACCACCACCCGACACACGUCAGCUCCUACUCCACGGCAGCAUUCAACUCCACCCGUGACUUUCUCUUCAGAAACCGGGGCUUCGGAGACGCAACCAGCGCGCAGCACAGCCUGUUUGCCUCCGCAGCGGGAAGUUUUGCAGGGCCACAUGGACACUCCGAUGCCACCGGGCACCUGCUCUUCCCCGGACUCCACGAGCAAGCCGCCAGCCAUGCGUCAUCUAAUGUCGUCAACAGCCAGAUGCGCCUUGGCUUUACCGGGGACAUGUACGGCCGGGCUGACCAGUAUGCCCACGUUACGAGCCCCCGCUCCGACCACUACGCCUCCUCCCAGCUGCAUGGCUAUGGCCCUAUGAACAUGAACAUGGCGGCUCACCACGGGGCAGGGGCCUUUUUCCGAUACAUGAGGCAGCCCAUCAAACAAGAGCUCAUCUGUAAGUGGGUCGAGCCCGAACAGUUGUCGAACCCCAAAAAGGCUUGCAACAAAACUUUCAGCACGAUGCACGAGCUCGUGACCCACCUGACAGUGGAGCAUGUCGGUGGACCGGAGCAGUCUAACCAUAUCUGCUUCUGGGAAGAGUGCGUCCGAGAAGGAAAACCGUUCAAAGCCAAAUACAAACUUGUAAAUCAUAUCAGAGUACACACCGGAGAGAAACCAUUCCCAUGUCCCUUCCCCGGCUGUGGAAAAGUGUUUGCCCGAUCGGAGAACCUGAAGAUCCACAAGAGGACUCACACAGGUGAGAAGCCUUUCAAGUGUGAGUUUGAUGGCUGCGACAGGCGGUUUGCUAACAGCAGCGACCGGAAGAAACACAUGCACGUCCACACUUCUGACAAGCCUUAUCUCUGCAAGAUGUGCGACAAGUCCUACACACAUCCCAGCUCUCUGCGGAAACACAUGAAGGUUCACGAGGCUACCACGCAAGGACCUCAACCGUCGCCAGCGGCCAGUUCCGGGUACGAAUCGUCCACGCCGCCCACCAUCGUGUCUCCGUCCACAGAGAACCAUAACUCCAGUUCCAUAUCACCGGCAGCCUCGACAGUACACCACACGACCAGUCACCACACCACGCUGUCGUCAAAUUUUAAUGAAUGGUACGUGUAAAAUAUUUUCACAAAGCCUGCAGAAAUAGGACUGGAAUCAAAGACUUUGAAAGUCAGCCUAUAACGCGAGGACCGAGAAAAAAACGAGGAAGCCAAAAUGGUUGGUUAACGGCUAAAGAGAAAGAGAGAGAGAGAGAGUGAUGCAUGGACAAGGUGCAAAGCCAGCUACCAAGUUAACGGCAUUUUUCCUGACUCUUUUUUGAAAGACUGCACACAAGAGAUCUCAAUGCAUGCUAUCUGCGGGUCGUGGCCUGAUUUGGGUUUUGUUGUACAUAAAGAUUCCCAGUUCAAAAAUGUCAUAUUUUAUUUUGUAAAUACUUAUAUAACAGUUUAACGGAUUUGUGCAAAUGUGGUCCCUAGAUAUAUGGAAAAUGAAAAUGGUUUUACCAAUAAUAUUGCGAUGACUAGUGUUGAUUGAACAGAAUGUUGUAGUUGAUGUGUACCAAAUGUGAAUUACUAAGUAUAACUACCGUCUCCACUAUAUCGACCUUACCGACUAUUAGUCUAUUAAUGUGCUUUUGUAUUUGGUGAAACAUUUCGUCUACGGUCCAGUUGGAGUAGCACAGUACUUACCAUUGCUGUUAGUUAAUGUCAUGUCGAUAAAUCGUGUAUAGUGAAAGCCUGAAACUCCGUGUCGUCUGUUUAUGUAGGCCUUCGUGAUAAAAUAUAACAACUAUUUGUUCAUUACCUUGAUAAUGUCAAGGAAGUAUUACCUACAUGUAAAUAGCUAAAUUUUCCAUAUUUAUCUGCAUGUAAAGGGUAACACAUGUUAGAAAUGAUCGGUAUUUAUGGAGAAAUGCGCUAGUAUGUAAAAUUUAGUUUGCAAAAAAUGUUUGGUUACAUUUCGUACUAUAUUAAAGGAUUAAAACUACAACCAA